AUGCAUCGACAAUUCCAGCAACUUGUCAAAAGGAAUAAGGUUAGAAGCCUCGUUGCACGUAAAAAUCUUCUCUCAUGUGUUAUAAUGAUGGUUACAAUAUUUAGUUACUUGGGAAGUCUGUACUCACCAUGUAUACUAGCCAAAGUCGUAGAAGUCCCAGUUGCCUGCCUACUGCCACAUUGUAUCACUGACAAGUAUUUUCUAAAGCGUAUGAGGUACCAAGUGGGCGGUACCGUUGCUGCUUGCCGAAUAGCUCUCGAUCGGAACUGGGCUAUACAUCUCGGGGGAGGAUUUCAUCAUGCUUAUCGAACUAAUGGAGGCGGUUUUUGUGUAUAUGCAGAUAUUUCACUUGCUUUAAAGAUCCUAUUCGCACUACAACUCAUAGAGAAGGCCAUGAUAGUCGAUGUAGACGCUCAUCAGGGUAAUGGACAUGAACGUGACUUUGGUGAUGAUGAGCGUGUAUUUAUUCUCGACAUUUACAAUCCACGUAUUUAUCCGCGAGAUCACAAAGCUGAAGAGGGUAUUUCGCGAUCGGUACAUGUUGGUUCGAUGACUUCCGAUAGGGAAUAUCUCAGGUUGCUCAAAAAGAAUUUGGCAGCUUCUCUGGCCGAGUUCAAGUGUGAUUUGGUGCUAUACAACGCGGGUACAGAUAGCUUGGAAGACGAUCCGUUGGGCUGCCUCAACCUGAGUGAAGAGUGCAUCGUACGUCGCGAUGAAUUGGUAUUCCGUCUAUGCAAGGAGAACACAACACCGAUCGCGAUGGUAACUAGUGGUGGCUAUCUGAUGUCAAGUGCUAAAGUCAUAGCAAAAUCCAUUCGAAAUCUUCACCAGAAAGAGCUCAUCCAUUUAAAGGCGUAA